AUGUCAGCUGCUGUAAGGACUUCCUCGUCAGCAUCCAAAGAAAUUUCUUUCAGUAACGAGAUGGAGAAUUUUGUAGGACUGAAUGACAAAAACAUCAAGGUUGCUGCAGCUGUUGAAGCAGAGAAGGACCAUGUUGCUGAUAACCAUGAAGAAGAUGAUGUUGUUGAUGAUAUUGAAGAAGAUGAUUCCAAUCUCCAGUUUGAUAAAGAAUUGGAUCUUGGACCUCAAGAUGAUGACAGCUUAAGGAGAUGGAAGGAACAGCUACUUGGGAGUGUUGAUAUGUCUUCUGUUGGAGAAAGCAAAGAACCGGAAGUGAAGAUACUAAGCCUCUCUAUCUUAUGUCCGGGGCGGCAAGAUCUUGUGUUGCCAUUUCCAUUAUCUAGUAAUUCAAAGAGCAGAAGUCUCUUCGCCCUCAAGGAAGGAAGCCUGUACCACCUCAAGUUAUGCUUCACUGUCUCCAACAACAUUGUGUCUGGCCUUAAGUACACCAAUAUUGUCUGGAAGACAGGUUUGAGAGUGGCCAAUACAAAGGUGAUGCUUGGUACUUUUAGCCCACAACAAGAGCCCUACAUAUAUGAACUGGAGGAAGAAACCACCCCUUCAGGCAUUUUUGCCAGGGGAUCUUAUUCUGCUAGAACCAAGCACCAAAAAAAUAAACAUUCCAUUCCUCAUUGUCCUCCCUUGAGGCAUGAGAAAUGGGACGAGAGUGGGACCAAAUUUUGGAGGAAAAAGUCCAUCGCUUGA